CUAUCAGUUUGGACAGGGAAGGUGGAUAGCGAUCCGUUGCCCGCUGAUAAGGCUGCUCAAAGCCUAAAACCUGAAUUUCCAUACCAACGUCCAGCCCUCAUAUGACACUGAAUGCGCCCAUUUGCGACCACCAUCUCCUCUGUGCAGCAUUUCAACGACACCUAGGUGAUUUAUACUAUGCUACACUGCCUGUGUGACAACAAGGAAAGGCUCAGAGUGCUGAAUUCGACGAUACCCGACAAGUCACGCAGGUGAUAGUGGAGCCGACCGCCAUUAUGACGCGUCCGCGACGCUCGUCGGUUGCGAGCGAGGAGAGCACAGGGACUGCGGGUGAGCAGGAACUGGGGAGCAUGUACGAUUACCUGGCCAAGAUCAUCCUGCUAGGGCCGAGUGGGACGGGAAAAUCGUGCCUCCUACAUCGCUUCGUCAAGAGUGAAUGGCGGGUCCUCUCGUCCCAGACCAUCGGGGUCGAGUUCGCGAGCAAGAUCAUCAAAGUCGGCACGGGCGCAAGGAGGAAACGGAUAAAGCUCCAGCUCUGGGACACAGCAGGCACAGAACGCUUCCGCUCCGUCAGCCGCUCGUACUACCGAGGCGCCGCCGGGGCCAUCCUCGUCUACGACAUCACCUCGCACUCCUCCUUCCGGUCCCUCCAACCCUUCCUCAACGACGCGCGCGCCCUCGCCUCGCCUCAUCUGACCAUGGUACUCGUGGGAAACAAAGUCGACCUCGCAAACGACUCCCUUAUCGACACGUCACUCCCCCCAGCCACGCCCUCGAGUACGGGCUCAAACAUGCCAUAUGGCACUUCGGUGCAAUCUAACGCGAGCAUAAACCUCCCUGGCCUCGGCGCCCAACAGCGCGCCACCUUCGCGCCCGACGGCCGUGAAGUAUCGAGUGCCGAGGCAUCCCGCUGGGCGGGUGGGGUAUCCGUGCCCGUUGCGCUCGAGGUAUCGGCCUUCAGCGGCGAGGGAGUAGACGAGAUCUUUGGUCGGCUGGCGAGGAUGAUUCUGACCAAGAUCGAGCUGGGCGAGAUUGACCCCGAUGAUCCGAUGAGUGGGAUACAAUACGGCGACGGGGGCAUGUGGAAUGCGGGCGCGAGUGAUGGGGGGAGUAUCAAGAGUGGGAUGACGGUCGAUUCGGGCAUGGGCGGCAUGAGGAGAAGGAAGAAAAAGGGAGGAAGGGGACCGGUCGCUUUGAGGGAGUGGGAGGAGGUGUUUACGCUUGGGGGUGGUAGGAGAGGUAGGGGCUGC